UUUGCAGAUUGACUUAUCUGUGCAAUCCCUCUCUGUAGAAAGAUGGUAGGUCCAGCUGCUGAGUCGAGUGAUGUUGAGAUGAAGCCUGUGGAUAGUCCGGAAGAUGGAAAGGAAGGGGAAGGAUCCGAAAAGACUGAAAAAAAGGAUGCCGAUCUCCUCACGUUGGAAGACGUUCGGGAACAUGUUCGUCUCAUAGAGAAGUCAGUGGUGUCAAAGGAACCAAGGUUCAUGCUAAGGGUUCUCCGCUGUCUUGCAACGACUAGGCAGAAACUGAAUGCUGUUGUCCUGAGGCGACUGGUGAUUGGGUUUUACACCCAUUCAAAUAAGGAGAGAGAUGCAUUGCUGCAAUUCAUUGAAGAGCCUAUGGAAGUAAGUGAAGCUGUUAGUGCCUUCCGACCUCGGAGUGCCAAGUCAGCAUCUCAACCUCUCUUGCCAGAAGUUGAUGUCUAUAUCCAUCUUCUUGUGAUCCUCCGUCUUCUGGAUGUUUCUCGAUAUCAAGAUGCAGUCAAGUGCUCUGAUGCUCUGAUGGAGAAAAUCUGCAACUGGAACCGAAGGACGUUGGAUAUCCUGGCCUCAAAGUGCUACUUCUACCAUUCCCGGUGCUAUGAAUUGACGGAUCAGCUGUCAAAAAUCAGGCAGUUCAUGCACAGCCGCCUGCGCACAUCUACAUUGCGCAAUGACUUUGAAGGCCAGGCAGUGCUUCUCAAUUGUCUCCUCAGAAAUUAUCUGCAUUAUAAUUUGUAUGAUCAGGCAGACAAGCUGGUGUCAAAAUCUGUGUUCCCUGAAGUUGCUAGUAACAAUGAAUGGGCAAGGUUCCUGUUCUAUUUGGGUCGCAUCAAAGCCAUCCAACUGGAAUAUUCUGAAGCAAGGAAACACCUUCUUCAGGCCCUUCGCAAGGCUCCGCAGCACACAGCUGUUGGCUUCAAGCAGACGGUCCAGAAAUUGGCCAUCACUGUGGAGCUACUGCUUGGAGACAUUCCAGAGCGCCAGGUGUUCCGUCAUGCAUCCAUGAGGAAGUCUCUUGCCCCAUACUUUCAACUCACCCAAGCCGUGAGAGAUGGGAAUCUCCAGCGCUUCAACGAGGUGUUAGAGAACUUUGGCCCGAAAUUCCAGAGCGACUACACUUUCACGCUAAUCAUCCGACUGAGGCACAACGUCAUCAAGACUGCCAUCCGCAUGAUCGGCCUCAGCUAUUUCCGCAUCCAUCUGGCCGACAUUGCCAAGAAGCUCAUGCUGGAUUCUCCUGAGGAUGCAGAAUUUAUUGUUGCCAAGGCGAUCCGCGACGGGGUGGUGGAAGCGACGAUCGACCACGACAUGGGCUGCAUGAAGAGCAAGGAGAUGGCUGACGUGUACUGCACACGGGAGCCUCAGGUGGCCUUCAACCAGCGUAUCUCCUUCUGCCUCGACAUCCACAACCAGAGCGUGAAGGCGUUGCGGUUCCCCCCGAAGUCGUACAACAAGGACCUGGAGUCUGCUGCUGAGCGGAGAGAACGGGAGCAGCAAGACCUGGAAUACGCCAAGGAACUGGCCGAAGACGACGACGAGGGCUUCCCAUGAGCUCCCCUAGUUAACGAGCAAGAUCACUCUCUUUUUUUCUACUCAAAUUGGCAUGUAUUUAUCGAUCUUCACUCCUUUACAAAUGGAGGAAUAAAUUUCGGUCCGGGAGGCGCAACGCUAAA